AUGGUCAGUCUUGUUGCUUGGCUCGAGACGUUACCAUCUGGACUAGAACAACUAUUCAUCAAACUUCUCGGACGUCUGAACACGGGACAUCUGAAGCACGCGUCGGAAGUCCUCCGUCUGAUGACGAUAAAGCCACGGCCCCUUCUGCUCGAGCUAUGGUUUGCAGACGGCAACAACGAGAACGCGGCAUUGAGGGAUGAAGCCCGACCGCUGUCAGACAAUGAGAUAUCCGAGCGUCUCGAAAUGAUGAAUCGCGGACUGGUUUCCCGAUGCAGAGGAUUCCUGGAGACAGAUAGCCAGUAUGGAAGUGCAAGGUCUGGAUUGUCAAAGGCGUCUCGUGUUACCUGGACACACCGCAUUGCGAAAAACUUUGUUCGAUCCCAACGAAUAUGGAACAUCAUACUCGAUAACACCGGGCAUGAUGCUUUCGAUCUUGAAUGGCACUGGGCCAACGGUCAACUAGGUUUAUUCAAGACUGUCGCCGGGACCACCAGUACCAAGAGCUCUCACUUCCUCUCGUGCGUCGAUUAUGCACUUCGACUAGAACAGCGGCUCAAUAUUUGCCCAGUCAAGUUUCUAGAUGAAGUCGGGCGUACCGCAACGAUUUAUGCCACUGUAUACGACGACAUCGUGCCUCGGAAACUCAAAGGCACUAUCAACAGCUUUCUGGAUUUCGCUGUGCUGUUCAAUCUCGUAAGCUACGUUCGUGGCAGAGGCCUAACGCUAUCGAGAGAGGAGUUGUUACAUGCUUCUCGCUUGCUAGGUGCACUGGACGCAAAGAAGUGGGAAGUGUUUGUAAAGCGAUUUGAACACCCUGGGAUCUGGAGUACGCAGUUUGAAGAAAUAAGAAAGGACAUGCAACAGGUGAUGGACAGCUUGCUUGAUCGCGGAGGCGGUGAGUCAAGAUGGCAAAGGGCGAGGAAGAGACUAUCUGGGCAGAAGAAGACAUGA